AAACACAUAACGCAAACUGCUUAUUUUUGCGGCGCCGCAACGCCAAAAUCGGCAGUUGCGUUGCCGCGUUGCGGCGUCGCGAAACAGGGCAUUAUGGUAGGGUAACCAUUUUCUCGUGAUUUUUGAGUGUGGAUAGACGUCUCUCUGCGAUGGAUCGUAAUAAACUUAUUGCUUAUUUGUUAUUAAGAAGACAUUAUUCUAUCUUAAAAAUACGGCAAAGAAGAUACUGGAUACAUCCAUUAAGUAAGGGUAUGAAUCCAAAUGGCGAGUUCUUUUCUAAAAAAUACGAAGCAUUAAAGAUAGACGAAAAAAAAUUUGUUGCCUACUUUAGAAUGAGUAUAUCAUCAUUUGAAGAGCUAUUAAGCGAGUUAUCAAAAUAUAUACAGAAGAAAAAAAAUAAAGGAAGGAAACCAGUUACUGCUUUGGAAAUGCUGGGCUUAACUUUAAGAUUUCUAGCAACCGGCAGUGACUUUAAAACCAUGCAUACGAAUUACUUCCGAGGAGCAAGUACAAUAGCAAAAAUUGUAAGGACAGUUUGUCGCGCCAUAUGGAAACAUCUAUCAAGUCAAAAUAUACCUCCUAUAACAAAACAGGUUCUAGAAGAUGUCGCUAUUGAGUUUGACAAGAAAGCAAAUUUUCCUAACUGCAUAGGAGCUCUUGAUGGUAAACAUGUCCGUAUUACAUGUCCUGCGCACAGUGGAUCACUGUUUUACAAUUAUAAGGGCUAUAAUUCAAUAGUUUUAUUAGCUCUUGUAGAUUCUAGAUAUAGAUUCAUUUUUGUCGAUAUAGGAGCGUAUGGCAAGGAAAGUGACUCCACCGUUUUCCAGAACUCUAAACUUUAUGAUUUGAUUAUGACACGCAAAUUACCUAUUCCUGUACCAAAGCCUUUACCAGGUUCUCAAAAUGAAACUCCAUUUGUUUUUGUAGGAGAUGAAGCAUUCUCAAUUUCGAAUAACGUCAUGCGCCCUUACUCAGGGAAACAUUUGUCGGUACAACAAAGAGUUUACAAUUAUCGACUGAGUCGUGCCCGAAGAUAUGUCGAGUGCGCUUUUGGCAUCCUAGCCAAUAAAUGGCGCAUAUUUCAUCGAUCUAUGAAUGUGCAAUACGAAUUUGCGACAGACAUUAUCAAGGCAUGUUGUGUAAUGCACAACUUUGUUUUGAAUCGAGAUGGAGUACAAGCGACCGAUGACAUUAUCUUUGAUGAUUCUGAUCUGCAAAUGUUGCAUUUGCCCACAGCAAAUGAAAAUAAUUUAAGCCCACAUCUAAUACGGAAUGAUUUUUGUAAUUACUUUUCCAGUGAUGUUGGCGCCCUAAGUUGGCAAUUAAACAAAAUAUGAAUGUUCGUAUACCUACUCAGUUCAAAAUACAAAUAAUACCUUAAUACAUUUGAUUCAAACUAUUUAACAUGUUGUGAACUGCGAAUAAACAAUUUAAAUGGCAA